ACAAUACGAUCGGAUGUAUAUCAGUAGCAGUAUAUUAGAAGCGAAUGAACCAAUCGUCUAUAAAUGCAUGGAACGGAUUUAACAGAGUUCAUAAAUCAAAUAAACGCGUGUGAAGUCAGUGUGGUAUCAGCUAUAGCACCCUUCACCACAAGUGUUAAUCGAAUAUUGUGCAAUUGGUUCUGUUAGUAACCUGUCUGUUCGUUUGAAGAAUACCGUUCCGUGGACAAGCGCCAAAAUGGGAUUAUUUUUGAAAAUUGGAUUAGCUUUAGCACUGUGCAUAGCUCUAUCACAUCAACAGAACUGUACAAUUACACGCGACUCAGACAUUUUUUUGCCAAAUUUAGCAUCACACAGUGGGCAACAGCAGGGAGAUUGCUGCGAUAUUUGCAAAAUCACACCAGGAUGCAAGGCAUUUGCAUGGGAUGAUCGCGAAAAUGGCACUUGUUGGCUAAAGUCUGCAACGGGACCAGUAGUCACUAAAAUCGGAUUUAAUGCCGGAAUCAUCUCUGAAGAGAACAGUGGAGGAGUGAAACUAGAUUGCUCAAUCAUGACAUCAAGUGACUCAAUAAAUUUACCUGAAUCAGCAUCAUACCAGGGCCAAUCACAAGAAAAUUGCCACAGAAUUUGCAGUAGCAGUUCAAGUUGUAAGGGAUUCGUUUGGGAUGAAGCUGAAGGUGGUUCUUGUUGGUUGAAGGCGGGAGUUGGGCCAUUACUUCCUAAUAGUCAUUUUUAUGUCGGAAUUAUGGGCGCCGAAGGUGCACAAAUAAGUUUCAACGAAUUCUCCAAUGCUGUUGCCAAUUCAAAUGGCUAUCCCAGACCAUCAUGGGCCCAAUACAACGCCUAUAUGCAAGGACUACCGAAGGGACUCGUCGAUUCUAAACAAGAGGCCGCCAUGGCACUAACACAAUUCCUUCACGAGAGUGAUGGACUCCGUGCAAAACGAGAAUAUCGAUGUGUAACGACUGGUUGUCCUGGCGAGUAUGUCACACCGGGAUGCGAUGCAGGCGGACAGCAUUAUUUCGGUAGAGGUUACAUUCAAUUGUCAUGGUGCUAUAACUACCGUGCAGCAUCACAAGAUUUAUUUAGAGACACGAGAUUGAUUGCUGAUCCCGAUAUGGUGGCAAGAGACGAAAAUUUAGCGUGGAACAGCGCUUUUUGGUUCUGGAAGGUGAAUGUCCACAAUAGAGCUGGUGUUGCUAAUGGUGACUUUGGUGUGACAACACGAGCUAUCAAUGGUGGACUGGAAUGUGACAACAGUGCUGGCCAUUCUAUAGCAAGACAUCGAUAUGAAAUGUACGGUAGGGUUAGGGCCGCUUUCGGUCUUCCAGGACCGGGAAACGAAAGAGGAUGCUACAACUGAGUUAUUGUAUGUCAUCGACGAGCCACCAGUUUAAUGUUCCGAUUAAUAUUUCAAAUAUUUUUCUUAUGUCCGAAGAAGUCAGAGUUUUUUUCACGACAUAAUAAAUGAA